CCGGCCCGACCCCGGCCCCGGCCCCCGGACAAGCCCUUAUCUGAUCCCAGCUCCGGGUUUAAGAGUCCUGGCCCUGCCCGUCGCACAGCUUCGCUCCUCACUUCUGCCCGCCCCGUCUGUCUGUCGCGCUGCCCCGCGGCCCAUCCAAGGGGCCACUCCAUUUCGGACCCAAGAUGACAUCAGUUGCCAAGGUGUAUUAUAGUCAGACCACUCAGACAGAAAGCCGACCCCUUAUGGGCCCAGGAAUACGAAGGCGGAGAGUCCUGACAAAAGAUGGUCGCAGCAAUGUGAGAAUGGAGCAUAUUGCUGAUAAGCGUUUCCUCUACCUCAAGGACCUAUGGACAACCUUCAUUGACAUGCAGUGGCGCUACAAGCUUCUCCUCUUCUCUGCAACCUUUGCAGGCACCUGGUUCCUCUUUGGUGUGGUGUGGUAUCUCGUAGCUGUGGCUCAUGGGGACCUACUGGAGCUGGGCCCCCCUGCCAAUCACACCCCUUGUGUGGUACAGGUGCACACACUCACUGGAGCCUUCCUCUUCUCCCUUGAAUCUCAGACCACCAUUGGCUAUGGUUUCCGCUACAUCAGUGAAGAGUGCCCCCUGGCCAUCGUGCUUCUCAUUGCCCAGCUGGUGCUUACCACCAUCCUUGAAAUCUUCAUCACAGGUACCUUCCUGGCGAAGAUUGCCCGACCCAAAAAGCGGGCUGAGACCAUCCGUUUCAGUCAGCAUGCAGUUGUAGCCUCUCACAAUGGGAAGCCCUGCCUUAUGAUCCGAGUUGCCAAUAUGCGUAAGAGCCUCCUCAUUGGCUGCCAGGUGACAGGCAAACUGCUUCAGACUCACCAGACCAAGGAGGGUGAGAACAUUCGGCUCAACCAGGUCAAUGUGACUUUCCAAGUAGACACAGCCUCUGACAGCCCCUUCCUCAUUCUACCCCUUACCUUCUACCAUGUAGUAGAUGAGACCAGUCCUUUGAAAGAUCUCCCACUUCGCAGUGGUGAGGGUGACUUUGAGCUGGUGCUGAUCCUAAGUGGGACAGUGGAAUCCACCAGUGCCACCUGCCAGGUGCGCACUUCCUACCUGCCGGAGGAGAUACUUUGGGGCUAUGAAUUCACACCUGCCAUCUCAUUGUCAGCCAGUGGCAAAUACAUAGCUGACUUCAGCCUUUUUGACCAAGUUGUGAAAGUGGCCCCCCCUAGUGGUCUCCGUGACAGUGAUGUACGGUAUGGAGACCUGGAAAAGCUCAAGUUGGAGGAGUCAUUAAGGGAGCAAGCUGAAAAGGAAGGCAGUGUCCUUAGUGUGCGCAUCAGCAAUGUCUGAU